AUGGAAUCCACCAUGACAAAGAUCUCGUGCACAAGUGGCUUGGAAACCCAGAUCAAAGACAUGGAGACCCAGUAUGACAAGUGCUGCGACGAGAAGGCCAAGGCUGAUUCUCAGGGCAUGAGUGAGGAGAUCUACAAGUCCAUGGAAGCUCGCAUCAAGGAGGUGCUCCCGAGCAUCAGCGACCGAGAUGAAGAUCAGGAGCAGCAUGCAGCAGCAGCGCCAAACUUCCUGACCGCCAAGAAGUUCUACGGCAAGAACGAGGUUCUACCCCAAGCCGACUCGUUCGUGGACUCAGCCACGACAUUGGCGAGGAAGCCAGAUGUCAGAACGAACAUCAAGAGCAUCGGCAUCCCCAUGAGCAAAUCCAAGAACCUGCUUUCCCAUUUGGAAAUGUCACCUGCUCUGUGCCGCAUGUACAACGAAUGCAACGAAAUGGGGUUCAUCAUCUUCAAUGUUCCUUCUCGGAAUGCACUGGCCGGAAGAGUGGUGCAGCAUGCUGUGAAGGAGAUAGACAUCAUCCUUGCAGUGCAAAAGCCUUUGAUCUUCAAAGUGGGAUUCACUCAUAACCCUGUGUGGCGAUGGAGCAAUCGACUGUAUGGAUACAGCAAGGCAAAAGAGAAGUGGAGUCACAUGAUGAUCCUUUACAUAUCAGAAGAACAUUUCGGUCCAGCGAUGCUAGAAGCGGCUCUCAUUGAGAAGUACAGUAGCUACUUGGUUUGCAAAACACGAAGCUUUUAUAGAUAG